AUGCGAGAUAUGGAUGAUGGAAACAAUGAAGAAAAGAUGAAAUUACAACCUAUCGUUUGUUAUCUCUGUGAUUGGAAUGGUCUCUUUCAAGAUUAUCCUAAUCACUUAGUUACUAUUCAUGCCGUUGAACUAGAAGACGAGGAUGAACAGAAACAUCAAAGUAUACCGUCACAACAUUCAUUACCAACUUCUUCCGUGUCCAAUGACGAACGAAAUAUCUCAAUCAGCGCUCUUUCUGGCCAAUUGUGUGCCGCGAAUGAUGGCACACAGCGGACGAAAUCACAGUUAUUGCAAAAUCGGCAAUUGGUCAACGCUACAGUAGAAGAUCUAUUACAUUUAAAACAAGCUACCGAAGAAACAGGAGCAUCUGCUAAAAUGUUCGCCAUUAAUCAACAGAUAUUCCAACAAAACAUAACUCCAUUAGCUGAAGAGAUCAAUAACCGGUCAAGAGCGUCUUACGAUGGAACACUCCUAUGGAAAAUUACGAAUGUUCAAGAGAACAUGAUGGAUGCAGUAUCAGGUAAACAUCCGUCAAUCUAUUCACCACCAUUCUAUUCUUCACCAAAUGGCUAUAAAAUGAGGAUGCGUGUUUACUUGAACGGCGAUGGAAAUGCUAAAUGUAAAUAUCUAUCUGUUUUCUUCGUACUCAUGCGUGGAGAAUACGAUGCGAUUCUUUCGUUUCCAUUUAAUUAUAAAGUAACAUUUUGCCUUUAUGAUCAAUCAAAUCAACGCAGACACGUUAUAGAAUCAUUUCAACCAGAUACACAAUCAACUAGUUAUGAACGACCCCGUUUUGAUAUGAAUACAGCAAGUGGUAUACCAAAUUUUAUAUCUUUAGAAACGCUUCGACAACCGAAUAAUUCAUAUAUUCGUGAUGAUACUAUGUACCUGAAAAUUAUAGUUCACUUCAAUGAUUCACCGGAAGCGAUUUUACAUGCUAUACGCCAUCUAAAUCCGAGUUUACCAAAUCAUGCACAAGAAUUUUGUGCAAACAAAGAAGCUGAAGAGAAAAAUAAACAAUCUUAA